GGAUAGCUAGGUCCGGCCCAAAUUUAAUAUUUUGGGCUUCACUCGAUGGGCUAGACCAGAACCGCUAUAAAGUCUCAUUUUUAGAUGUCGGAUCAAAAUUCAAAUUCAUGACCGUAUAUGGAAACAGAGGGAUCCAAAACGAUAACGCUUCCGAAGCGAGGAAGAUAGCCGUUAGAAAAAAGGAGCUCCUUCUUGAUCAAUCCGACGGCCGAGAAUCAUUCAAAUUCAAACUUUAACUUCAUCAAAACCCUACCUUAGAAUAAUUCCUAACGAUCAACUUCUCUCUCUCUCUCUCUCUCUCUCUCACACACACUUGACGCUCUAGCUCUCAAAGAUCUUCCCCAUUUUCUUCAAUCUCUGUCUCUAAUUUCGAUAUUCCUCACAUUUCAAAGCCAUGGAAGACUCAAAGGUGGAAAUCUCUCCCUACAAAUGCGAUGACGUUGUUUCAGAUCAUCAUUCCAAGCUUUCUUCAACCUCUCCGAUAGAUAUUGCUUCAAAUCAAGCCGAUGGAGAUGUCGAACUGACAGAUGAGAAUAGCAUGUCCAAUGGUUUCCAAGAUGCUUCUUCAGAUCAGGGUCAGACACUUCCAAUAUUGCAAAAAAUCAUCGACCUAAGCACCAAAAUACAGGAUUUGAAGAAGGAACACAACAUCCUCUCUGAUCAAGUUAGACUCACCACAAAUUCUUUUCCAGACCCUGAAGUUUUGAAUACUCUUCAACUUCUCAGUAAUGAACAUGAACUUUUAAAGAAGAAGUACCUCAAAGAGUCCUCUGAGAGGAAGCGGCUUUAUAAUGAAGUGAUUGAGCUUAAAGGGAACAUUCGGGUCUUCUGCAGAUGUAGACCACUAAAUCAAAAUGAAAUUUCAGAUGGCUGUAAUUCUGUGAUUGAUUAUGAUUCAUCCCAAGAUAAUGAACUUCAGGUCAUUUGCUCUGAUUCUUCCAAAAAGCAAUUCAAGUUUGAUCAUGUGUUCAAACCUGAUGACAAACAAGCAGUUUUUGCUCAGACAAAGCCGAUUGUGACUUCAGUUUUGGAUGGUUAUAAUGUAUGCAUAUUUGCCUAUGGGCAAACUGGAACUGGUAAGACAUUUACAAUGGAGGGAACACCUGAAAAUAGAGGAGUUAACUACAGGACAGUUGAGGAGUUGUUUCGUAUUUUGGAAGAGAGAGGUGGCAUAAUGAGAUAUGAAUUGUUUGUUAGCAUGCUGGAGGUUUACAACGACAAGAUAAGAGAUCUUUUGGUAGAUAACAACAAUCAACCAGCUAAAAAGUUGGAAAUAAAGCAAUCUGCAGAUGGAACCCAAGAAGUACCUGGACUUGUCGAAUCUCGUGUUUAUGGUAUUCAGGACGUAUGGGAACUGCUGAAGUCUGGAAGCCAAGUUAGAUCUGUUGGAUCCACCAGUGCCAAUGAACAGAGCAGCCGUUCUCACUGCUUGUUGCGAGUGACUGUGAAGGGGGAGAAUCUAAUAAAUGGACAGAGGACAAAGAGUCACCUUUGGCUGGUAGACCUGGCUGGUAGUGAGCGUGUUGGAAGGAUCGAAGUUGAAGGUGAAAGAUUGAAAGAAUCCCAAUUCAUAAAUAAAUCUCUCUCAGCCCUUGGUGAUGUUAUCUCUGCCCUUGCAUCUAAAACAGCCCACAUACCUUAUAGGAACUCGAAGCUCACCCAUAUUCUGCAGAGCUCUCUAGGGGGAGAUUGCAAAACCUUGAUGUUUGUCCAGAUCAGCCCAAGUGCAGCAGAUAUAGGAGAAACACUUUGCUCCUUGAAUUUUGCCAGUAGAGUCCGGGGAAUUGAGAGUGGCCCUCCUCGCAAACAGGCAGAUGUUACUGAGCUCUUAAAGUACAAGCAAAUGGCAGAAAAGCUUAAGCAUGAUGAGAAGGAAACAAAGAAACUGCAGGACAGUUUGCAGUCCUUUCAGUUAAGGCUCUCUGCCAGGGAGCACAUUUGCAGAAAUCUUCAAGAAAAGGUUCGAGACCUCGAGAACCAAUUAGCAGAGGAAAGGAAAACCAGGCUGAAACAGGAAACAAGAGCUUUUUCUACUGCUUCUACACAGCUCUCAUCUCUAAAACAGACAGGACAGAAGACUGUAACAGAUAAAAAGCCACCUUUAGGUCCCUCAAAAAUGAGGCUGCCCCUUCGAAGAAUUACAAAUUUCAUGCCCCCACCAUCUCCUGUACCACCAAAGAAGACCAUCUAUCCCACAGCAGCAGAUGGCAAAGAAAACAUCACAAAAGCAACAGCUGGAAGAGCAAACUCAAGAAGCCUCUAUCAACCGAGAAGGAUUUCCAUUGCUGUGAGACCACCACCUCCUCCAAGUACCAAACAAGUUCUCCAGCCAAAGAGACGCGUUUCCAUUGCCACACUUCGCCCUGAGUCAAACUCUUACAUGAAUUCACCACUCCAUGCUUCAGCAUCUCGUUUCAAUAGCUGUGCAGCAGGUAGAUCUUCAGUGGUGAGGGAUCCACGAAAGGCACGUUAUUCGAGAUUGUUUUCUCCACUGCCUGAGUUGAACACAACAGCAGAGACAACACCAAGUGUCACAAGGAGUAGAAAGUUCAUGGGGAGUCCCCCAGCUGCUAUUGCAUUACAACGGAAACCAAUAAUUUGGAGUCCACUGAAGUUGAGAGGCAUGAAAACCAACAGGAGGCCAUCCCUGUUGCCCAUUCGAGUUUCAACAGAUCUAUAGUGAAUGUUUUUUGCACUGUUGAUAUUGUCCAUUGUCCAACCCUUCGAAACUACAAAAUGCUUUUUUGUUCGCCUUUUUAUUAUCUCAUUAUUUUUGGGGGAUAUUACUGUAGGAAAUUACUAAUUCAUUCACAUUUCUAUGAGCAA